UUUUUUUAUUAUAUUGUAUAUAAAAUGUCAUCACAAGAAGCCUUAACCGAAGAACAAAUCGCCGAAUUCAAAGAAGCUUUCUCACUCUUUGAUAAAGAUGGUGAUGGAAGUAUUACCACCAAAGAAUUAGGUACCGUUAUGAGAUCAUUAGGUCAAAACCCAACUGAAGCUGAAUUACAAGAUAUGAUCAAUGAAGUUGAUGCCGAUGGUAACGGUAACAUUGAUUUCCCAGAAUUUUUAACCAUGAUGGCUCGUAAAAUGCAAGAUAAUGAUACUGAAGAAGAAAUUCGUGAAGCCUUCAAAGUUUUCGAUAAAGACGGUAACGGUUUCAUCUCUGCUGCUGAACUCAGACACGUCAUGACCUCACUCGGUGAAAAAUUAACAAAUGAAGAAGUCGACGAAAUGAUUAGAGAAGCUGAUUUAGAUGGUGAUGGUCAAAUUAACUACGAAGAAUUUGUUAAAAUGAUGAUCUCUAAAUAAAAUAUUUUGAUCCUCCAAAAAAAUUUAGUAUAAAAAAUAAAAACCACCUCCAAAAAAAUAAAUAAAUUAUUCUUUCUAUGUUGU